GAUCAAGGAGCAAGGUCACUUGAAGGACGAAAGGCUUGUUUGCCUGAAGUAAGUCUAGAAAAGAGUUUCUUGCCGAUGACCUUGACUGACCUUCAAAACCUGUUUCAGUGUCAUAGCAAGAGCAGUGAUGUUGAAAAAGCGGAAAAUUAUUGUAUCACCGAUUUUGUCAAAGCUGUUUCAUACUCCGCGGAUGACAUCCUUGCUUUCGAAAACCACCGGAACAGGUCACAAGGAAUGACCAGGGACAUUAUUAGUCAUGAAAAUCAUGAUGUAACAGUUCUUCAGGACAAAGUUAGUUGUAGGUCAAUGUCUGAUGUCCACACAAUGUUUUGUGAUGGAGCUGGUCAGGAGGCAAACAAAGAUCAAGGUCAAGGGCCAUCAGAGGAACAGCUUCUUGUUGUUCAUAACUUCUUUGAACGAACUUUGCCAGAUUUCUUGAAAUCAAAGCAGGACUACAGGAUUUAUCACAAAGACAUAAUAUUCGAGAACAAUUACUUUGGGAAAAAUGUUUCAACUCGGGGAAUAACGGCGUACGUAACCCAGGUGACGAAGAUCCGGAUCAUGACCCACUUCAUGUAUGCACAUGCUCAGUUCAAUGUGCUGAAGAUUACUCGUCACCCAGAGGACGGGACAGUCCGCAUCCGAUGGCGGAUCAGCGGUCUUCCACAGCUCAAGACUCUCCUCAUCUGGAAGUUCAUGCCGUGGAACUAUCGGAAAAACCGAGAUGCUAACUCUGAGUGGCACGAUGGAUUUUCCAUAUUUACUGUUGGUUCUGACGGCUUCGUACAUAAACACCGAGUUGACAGGGUUAUGACAGACGAGGAGCUGCAGGUAGCCAAGCCAGCCAGCCUGGCGGCCAGACUGUCCAGUAUGCUGGGACUAGACCCCAAACCAAGCCUCAAUGACUUCAGCUCACUUUUCAUGAAGAGGACAUUGUUUGCACCCAAAUAGUUUGCCUGUAUACAUAACCAUAGAAUAAAGUGUGUACUGCUUGGGAAUAACCAUUAAAUUAUAUGAUGUGGAA